UAUUCAUUGAGAAUUAAGCGCUGAAAUAACAAGUAUGUAAAUAACCGGUUAGAAACCGACAAAAUCGGGCACAAUGGAUUGCUGAUCAGUGUAAAGGAGAGAAAAUGAAUACUUUGUCUUUGGUUGAAGUCAUUGAACACGACCAUUUCUAUACGCAUGACAAUAAUGAAGAACGGGAAAGAAAUGGGAAUGGACAGUUUAAAGGAGAAACGAGAAAGCCCUCCCCACAUGAAGAUGUAGGACACGACCAUUCAUAUUCCAGUUUACCGACAUCAUCAUCUACUUCAGAUGAUUGUGAGAUGUGCAUAGAUGAAAACAUAGAUGAAAACCCAGAUGAAAACAUAGAUGAGAAUGAUUCGGAGUCAGAUAAAUGUGACGAUGAAGACCCCUGUACAUACAGUACACACCAUUCGGUACAAGGGAGACAUAUUGUUGAACUUGAUGUUUUGGCAGAAGGACUGGAAAAAGGGUGUUCAAGCUGUGGACAACCAUUACAAUUGACAUCAUACAUUGGAGAAAGUAGAUAUGGCCUAGGUAGUCUCCUUCACUUAAGAUGUAGUUGUAAGAAAAUUAACUAUGUUCCCACAGGAAAACGACAUUCAAAAAACAUUUGGGAUGUAAACUCAAAAUUAGGUGCAGCAAUGAUAUUCUGUGGUAUUGGUGAAAGUGUAGUCAAUAAUUUAUUGGCUGCAUUGAACCUCCCGAACAUAUCCCCAACCACCCUAAAAAGGAGGGAACGAGAGGCAGGUUCUGCAUUUGAAGCAGUUGCUACUGAGACGUGUAGUGAUGCAAUUGCAGCUGAAAGUAGAAGUUGUCAAAGUGAAGAAGACCAGGCGGUUUCCUUUGAUGCUGGCUGGCAAACCAGAGGAAGUGGAAGGAACUAUGCUAGUUUAUCUGGUCAUGGAAGUAUGAUUGGAGUGAAUACCGGAAAAGUCUUAAGUUAUGCCGUACGUUGUAAAAAAUGUCGUUUUUGUGACAGGGCGGUGGAUAAAGAAAAUCCAAAAGAGCAUGAUUGUAGAAAGAAUUGGGAGAAAUCCUCCAAGGCAAUGGAGUCUGACAUGGCAGUAGAAAUGCUUCAUGAAUUAAAAUCAAAGGGAUUUCACGUUAAAAAACUUAUCAUGGAUAAUGAUACUACUACGAUUUCAAGGGCUCGAGCAUCUUUUGAUGAGUCUUUAGAAAAAUUCUCAGAUUUUAACCAUACCAAGAAAAAUGUAACAAACAAGCUAUAUUCACUUAGAAAGGAAAAAAGAUAUAAUAACCUUGGACCAAAAGCAAUAAACCAUCUGACUAAGUGCUUUGCAUAUGCUGUCAAGGGGAGUGAAGAUGCAGCUAGCAUGAAGAAAAACUUGGAGGCCAUUCCUUGCCAUGUUUUUGGUGAUCAUUCAAGAUGUUCUGAGUGGUGUGGAUAUUUGAAAAAUCCAUCCUCAUAUAAACCAACAAGUUUGCCAUAUGGUAAAUAUAUGAAAGGAGAAGAUCUGCUAUCUGAUUUAAAGACCAUAUUUGAAGAAUAUGCUGCAAAUUCUGAAAAGCUUGUUAAAGUGGGUAGCACUCAGACCAAUGAAAGUUUUAACCAUACUGUAGCCUCAAAGAACCCAAAGUCCAACUUUUACAGUGCUUCUGAGUCUACAUCAUUCAGAGUGGCAGCGGCGGUGGCUCAAAAAAACAUAGGUCUUCAAACACUAACAAAGGUGUAUGAAAAUUUGCUCCUUUCUCCUGGAAAGCACACCAAUUCCUACAUCAGUAAGGCUUCCAGGAAAAGAGAUUAUCAGAAGAUUGUUAAAAGCAGCGUGGAGUGUAAGAAACGUAGAAAGGAACUCAAAUCUGCAGCAAAUAAACAGGUAUCAACUUCUGAAGUUAAGGAGGGGACAACAUACCAGUCAGCAAUAGAUCUAGCUGGCAAUUUAGAACCUGAUCAUCUGCAGGAAAUACCAGACAGGACAUUGCCACCUGCUUCCUCCUCUGUAUCAAAUAAUGAGAACACCUUCUUAUUUUUUGAUCUAGAAACUACAGGUUUAGGUACCUCAUCAGAGAUUGUGCAGCUAGCCUGUGUUUCUGGUGAUGACAUCUUUAACAGAUAUGUCCUACCUAGCUGUGCCAUCACACCAUCUGCAACAGCAGUCACAGGCCUUCACGUUGUAGGAGGAGAACUUUUUUGCCACAAAGAAAAGGAAGGGCAAAAUCUGUAAGUAUGGAU